UUCCUGAGUGAGCUCCGUUAGACUUGCGAACACACAACCAUACAGCGCUGGCAGAGGAUCAAGAUGAUGAGGGCGGAGGCGGGCCCCAUCUUCAUGGCGCACCGGGCGCACUUUCAGAAAGUUAUUUGGCCGCUUGUUUUCUUGGUGGUCUGCAUCGUCUGCUGGAUGGUCCGCACACAGCCCUACCACCUUAAGCCGGCUGAGCAAGACAUAGCCGAGCUUCAUCUGAACUACACAGGACCACGGCAGGACCCCAGACUGCUCUGGAAGGGAGACCCAGCACUCGGUCGCUCCUUCCUGCAGGGACCACAGCUGGACAAUGGGCAGCUGCGUGUCCAGCAUGAUGGCAUCUAUAGGUUGCACAUCCAGGUGACACUAGCAAACUGCUCCUUCUCCUCAAAGAACACUGAGUCCCGAAGAGCCCUUCUAGCUGUGGGCAUCUGCUCCCCAACCACCCACAGCAUUACCCUGCUACGUCUGAACUUCCACCUCAGUUGCACUGUUGCCUCCCAGCGCCUGACACCCUUGGUCCAUGGGGACACUCUCUGCACCAACCUCACUCUGCCGCUGGAGCCAUCCCAAAAUGCCGAUGAGACUUUUUUUGGUGUUCAUUGGGUGCACCCCUGAUUGUUGCACUUUCCAGUCCAGA